GCUUCAAUGCCGGCAGGUUACAAGUCGGAAGCCACACUAGGCAUUCAUAAAUAAAUAUCCUGUAUGAGAAUUUACGGUUUUAGGUUUUAAAAAUAUAUUACUGCGAUUAAAAUGUCGCUCAACGAUGGAUUUCAUCCGGGUAAAGGAAAGCACCGCGCGAUGCCGGAUUACCAAAAGAUCAAGCAAUCCGAUCUGGAACAGCUCUUCGAAAAAAAGUUUCGCUAUCAAAAACCCCGAGGAGAAGACAAUUGGACCUUGCCAUCAUUGGACCAACCACUCUUUUCGGAAUUUUACCAGUUCGAUGCUCUCCAGGGCCUCGGGACACAGCUUAAUGCUGUAAAGAGCCGGCUCAAUGAUUACAGCACCCAGGAGUGGAGUGCUCAUACUAACCGCCGCGAUCCCUCUGGAGAGGUAUCCUGGCGCCUGAAGAACGAAACGAAGGCGGAGUUCGUUACUGUGGCUUGGUGCAAGUUCUUUGAGUGCCUUCAUCGCUAUCCGCUAAUCAAGAAUCCUGUGGUGAACACCCUUCACCUAUGCGAGGCUCCUGGAGCAUUCAUAGCCUCCUUGAACCACUACCUGCACAGUACCUACAAAGAGGAUGAGAUCCGAUGGCGCUGGCGCUCUACGACUUUAAAUCCCUACUACGAGGGUAAUGCUCUUAAUGAGAUGAUAACCGAUGAUCGGUUUAUAUUCCAUACUCUGGACAAUUGGCUCUUCCACAAAGAUUUGACAGGCAAUUUGCUUAAUGUGUCGAAUAUCGAAAGUAUGGCUGCAAGGUGUGCCGAGGAUUUCCAAGACAAAGUGGAUCUCAUCACUGCUGAUGGCUCCAUAGACUGUGCGGCACAGCCGGACUUACAGGAGGAAAUAGUGGUGCGACUCUUCUUUGCUGAGGUUUUCAGUGCCUUGAAGAUUCUGUCAGCUGGCGGCAAUUUUGUGGUUAAGAUGUUCACUCUGUUUGAGGCCUGCAGUGUGUCGCUGUUGUACAUGCUGAAUUGCAUCUUCCACCAGGUCCACAUUUUCAAGCCCGCAACAUCCAAACGAGGAAACUCUGAGGUUUAUGUGAUAUGUCUGGAAUAUCAAAAAGACACUCCUGGUUUAGGCCGCAUUCUAGAAGCAAUUCAAGCCAAAUUAGAGCAGCCGAAUGAUACAAUGGUGAUGCCAUUAUUUGCCAGAUCUCAUAUUCCCCAGGACUUCCUCAUGCAGCACGAGAUUGCUUGCCGGUUGUAUGCGAAGAUGCAAUCGGACGCCAUCGAGGGAAGCAUCUACGCCUUUGAAUCUAAUGAUCGCCAUUAUAUGCGUCACUUGCACCACCUUCGAAGCCUUGUCUCAGAUACAUACUAUCAGCGCUAUAAGGUUCAAGUUUUGGAGGACAGACUUUGCCUUGUGAACAAGGAAGCCACGAACAAAGCUCUUGGCUUCUUCGUGCCAGUAUACGGUGGAUCUUACACCGAAAGGGAGGACCUGAAACACGGUGAUCUUCUCAAGCAGAUCUACUGCUUGCGACGGGAGUUCAACCAAUUGGAAAAGUGCCUCCAUGGCACUAAAACCUCCAAUUAUGUUAAGGAUGGAUCAAAGGCUUUGAAGUUCCGGGUAGCUAGAGGAGCUCUGGUGAAAAGCCUGCAGAGCAGCAUGUUUGCUUCAGAGCCAAUUCUCCUACUGCGUCUCCGCAUUCUUGACAUAUUUGGUAUGGAUCCAAUUUGGCAGACGGCUCCCAAGUGUCAUUUAGACAACAAGGUACUCAACUAUCUGCCACCCUCCGAAAACGAGACUUUUCACUCGGCUCAGCGCAAAUUCUUUAUUGAUCUCCUGGAGUUUAUCGAUGAAAACAGACCUCAAAGUGUUGUUUUCCACAAGUUCCUGUUCCUCACUCAUUAUUCUGCUUCUGUUCUCCUAUUUUUAAUGGAAAUGGUUUACGAGGAAUCUAAUUUCGAAAGCAAAUCGUCACAGACUUUAGCUCUGAGUAAAAUAGGAGCCACCGGUAGCGGAGAAAUUAGGGCUGUAAUUAAUAUACUAAAGGAGAAUCAGGAGUUGGAGAUUCACAGUCUCUUCGAAAUCAAGGAACUCCAGAAGAACCAUUUCAGCAAUCUUCUCAUCCAGCACAACAAUAAUGUACUCAUGAAUUGUUUCCAUGGCAUGUUGGGCGAGGAAGCCUUCCCCAGACCGGUUGCCAUAGCUCCCAACGUAACCAACGCGAUCAAGGAACAGCCAGCAGUUUGUUAA